AUGGCACCAAAUAUUGAUGAUCCGUUUGCGGUUCUUGGCAUUGCAAAUGAUGCCUCUGAGGCGGAAGUUAAGAAGGCAUACCGAAAGUUGGCGCUGAAGUAUCAUCCUGAUCGUCAAAAUGGAAAGUCGGACGAGGAAAUUGCUGCAGCCAGUGACAUGUUCGUUAAGAUUGCUGAAGCUCAGGAUAUGUUGACUGAUCCGGUGAAGCGCUAUGACUUUCGAAUGAAACAAGAAGCGCAAGCAAACAAAAUAUCUCCCUCUGCCGCCAAUCGAGGAAGGCCUACACCGCCAGGGUCGUCGUCAGCAGGAACAAGGCGUCCCACAGCCAAGGCAUCUACAGUUCGAAAACCUGUCCCUAUGAACCGACAAGCAUCGACUAGCUCCAUGCGCCGCGGGCAUUCGCCACGAUCCAUGAAUAAGAAACAAGGAUCGGUUCGAGCUGUCAACAAGCCCGUUUUGGGUCGCAACUUAAGUGAUCAGCCUCCAAAACGUGUCACCUCCGUGGGCUCGCUAGCAUCACGGUCAGCACAUGUACCUCGGACAAAUCCCAACCGCAUGCAGCAGAAUUCACCGUUCAAUCCUCAUAAACCACCACCAAUAACCCAGAAUCGAUCCAAAACUGCCAACAUGCUUCGAACACCCAGCAACGCCAGUAUGAUGUCGAAGAAGAAAAAGAAGAAGCCAGCUGAAACUACAUAUACCUUUGUGCGCAACAAUGGCAAAACUCCACCAUUAGCAACACCUGCUUCCGGAGAUGCCAGCCCCAAAGUUAAGAAAAAGAAAAAGAAGAAGAAAAAACCUGAGGCUGAGCAAACCUUCACUUUUGUGCGAAACAACAAAACCAGCGAUGUACCCAAGAAAAAGAAGAAGAAGAAACCAGAGGCGGAAAGUGAGCAAACCUUCACUUUUGUACGAAACAGCACCAAAAGUCCUAAAGUUGAUAGUACCAUCAAAAUGAGAAGAAGGAACAGUAAUGACAGCGCAAAGAAACAACAAAAAGCCGACAAGAGAACGAAAAUGAAGAAAAAUACCGGUUCAUCCGCCCUGGAUUCCUCGUCUAGGUCGUUGAAGAGUAGUAGAAAGUCACCAGGUGCAGCAAGUCGAGCAAACAGAAUAAUGAUGUCGCCCCAGCAGGCUCCCCGAAAGAGUAUCUUGGGCUUUGGACGAACCUCUGUGCAAAAUACGCCUCAGUCAGCGAGGGGCAAGAAAAAAGCAAUGGGAAUCAAAGGUUUUCUGGGGCGACCGCCGAUGGAAACUAGCAAUGGAUGA